AUGUGGGGGAGCUUCCAUAUACAGAGGUGUGACAAGGCAUCACCAACAAGGGAGGUGGCAAGCAAGAAUUGGUCGAGUUGCCGGAAACAAAGAUCUUUACUUGGGAACAUUCGUUUCUUUAAGAAGAGAAUCCCUGCUGCUUCUUCUACUACUACUAGUGAUCUUCCCGAGAAGAACAUUGAAGUUGAUGGUGGUUGCUGCAAUAAAGUGAAUAAAGAAUUGGAAUUGCUUAGUCACAGUCACACUCACGGUGAUGUGAUUGAACACGGAAAUGGAAACAUGAAAGUUGUCAGUGCAGAACAGUUGCUACGCUAUCGUGUUAUCGCUCAGGUGUUGGAGCUAGGGAUUGUGGUGCACUCAGUGGUGAUUGGUUUAGGGAUGGGAGCUUCAGAUAAUCCAUGCACAAUUAGGCCUCUCAUUAUAGCACUUUGCUUCCAUCAAUUCUUUGAGGGAAUGGGUUUAGGAGGCUGCAUACUUCAGGCAGAGUAUGGGAUGAAGAUAAAGUCUAUUAUGAUAUUCUUCUUUUCCGUGACAACUCCAUUUGGAAUUGCAUUGGGGAUAGCUUUGUCAAAGGUAUACACUGAGACAAGUCCAGCCUCACUCAUAGUGGAAGGUGUUUUGAAUGCUGUGUCUGCAGGGCUUCUCAAUUACAUGGCAUUAGUAGAAUUAUUGGCCACUGAUUUUAUGGGCCCAAAGCUUCAAAGUAGAGUGAAACUUCAAAUUUGUUCUUAUGUUUUCGUUAUGCUCGGAGCAGGAGGCAUGUCAGUCAUGGCAAUAUGGGCAUAGACAAAAAGAAAUGACGAAAGAAAGAAUAAAGUAGAAUUUUUAGCCAAUGAGCCUUAGCUCACAUGUCAUAUCUCCCCUUUCCCACCUCAAAGGUCUAGGGUUUAAAUCUUAGAGAUUACAAUUGAGGAAAAAGGUGGUAAAUGUGUGAGGAGUGUGUGGGUGUGUUAUGUACCUAAGGUUGGGGGUUGUCCAAUCUAUUGGGGUACUUAGGAUUGGGGGUUGUCCAAUCUACUGACCAAAAAAAAAAGUAGAAUUUUUAAAAUGGGAUUGUUUUUUACCUUUUUUUUUCA